CUAGUGUCAUAGUUGUCUGAAGGAAUUUCGCAGAGUUUGGUGUGGCGCGGACAAUAAACACUUAUUAAAGACUUAACGGGUACUGAUCGAUCCCCAGUCUUAUCCAUCUACAAUCCUGGAAUAAAACUAAGUAAGUAACGAUUGAAAAGCUGUGCUCCAGGUUUCUCUCAGCAUUCAAAAACAAGAGGAUGGUAAUGCGUUUCUACUUUCCAAAAGCGGAACUAAGUACGUAACUUAGCUCUGUAUCAUGCAACAACAGCCAUAGAUAAACAUACAUACCUUACCAUUAAAUUAAGGAUUAAGAAGACCCUAAAACAUCAUGAGUAAACCACCCCAAACUAUAGAGUUUAAGACCGGAGGGGAGGCCACUUGGGACACCAGCAAAAUGGCAGACAUGACGGUAGAGGACAUGACGUUGCGCGCCAACCAAGUUACAGAUGAGUCACUUGAAAGCACCAGGCGAAUGCUACAGAUGGCAGAAGAGAGCAAAGAUACGGGGGUCAAAACAAUGGUCAUGCUAGACGAGCAAGGAGAGCAACUCAGGCGUGUCAACCAAGGAAUGGAUCAAAUCAAUCAAGACAUGAGGCAGGCCGAGAAGAACAUCACUGAUCUCUCCAAAUGCUGUGGCUUGUGCGUGUGCCCAUGUGACAGAGUGACGUCCAUUGAGAGUGACAACCGGUAUAAGCGCACUUGGGGCACAGGAAGCGACAGCUCCAGCACAGGGGGGAAAGAAGUGGGUGUGGUCUCCAGCCAGCCGACCGCCGUGCGUAAUGGUCAGGCUGUUUCUGGCGGGUCAGCUGGUGCCUCUGGUCCCUACAUCAAAAGAGUGACAAAUGAUGCUCGAGAAGAUGAGAUGGAGGACAAUCUAGAUCAGGUGGGCGGCAUAAUUGGAAAUCUAAAGAAUUUGGCGUUAGACAUGGGAAAUGAGAUCGAAAAACAGAACAAGACCAUUGACUGCAUCACUGAUAAGGCUGAUAUGAAUAAAGCUCGCAUUGAUGAAGCCAACCAGAGAGCCAACAAACUUCUGUAAAGAAUGGACUGAAACAACCUUGCUCAGAAGUUUGGUUAACACUGCCUUAUUACACACGUUUUCUGCUUUAUUGCAGUGAAGGAGUUCAGUUCCUACAAUGCCAUCUGUGCCUUUAAAUUGCAAUUUGUAAAUAGAUGGAUACAUGCUUAUGUGCACAUAUACACAUAUUUACAAAACCUCCUGUACAAUCAAGUCUUCACCCCUAACAUGUGACACAUAUAUGCUGGAAACACAGUUAUGGAUUAAAAACAUUUUCUGAGUUUUAAUCGUUGCUCUCUCUGCAUUUAAGUCACUGCUGGCUUAUUGUGUCACUAGUUUGAAUGUGUGGUAUAAGACUUGUGAAAGAACCCCUGAAUGUUCUUGUAUGCUGCCCUAAUAGUCUUUGAUCUGUGUUCGGGCUAAUCCUAUGAUGUUUGGAUCUUAUGUUAUUUUUUUCUGUUUAGCUGGUUCUGUGACUGAUUAUACUCAUAUUAAAUUAUCUUAGAAUGUUAAUGGACCUUCUGAAUACAGUUAGUCAGGUUUAAUGUUUUGGGGAAAUGUAUGGUAGUGUCCUUUUAAUUACAUAAUUUACCAUGCUAUAUAGUAAUGGAACAUUUCGUUUUGUUUUUCUAAUAAAGCAAAUAUAAUCA